CAUCACCACAAGCAUAAGCAUCAGCAUCAGAUCAAAAACUUGAUUACUAUCACUUCACAUCCCAGGUUCCUGCAUCUUAUCUCUGCAGUAAAAGGUAAUCAAUCAACCCCGAUCACGACAUUUCACGCCAAACGGCAAACGGCAAACGAUCAAUCAUUGGGCCGACGAAGACAUGUCGGCGGUACCGAAGAUCAAGCUUUAUGUGGAUACGGUUAGUCCGUUUGGGUAUGAGGCUUAUUGGAUCUUGAGGCACGAUCCUGUUUUCUCGAAAUGUGAGAUUGAGUAUGUGCCUAUCUUCUUAGGAGGAGUUAUGAAAGCGUGUGGGAAUCCGACGCCGAUUAGUAUCAAGAACAAAGGCACGUGGAUCGGCACCGAGCGUCUCCGCUGGGCGAAAGCCUUCAACGUCCCGAUGAAAAAGGAUAUCCCGCCCAAUUUCCCGCCGAUGACGCUGACGAUCAUGAGAGGGAUGUGUGCGCUGACGCUUCUGCAUCCGGGGAAGGAGGGGCAGGGGAUGUUGAUUAGGUGUUUGGAUAGGCUGUUUGAGGCGUAUUGGGUGGAGCAUCGGAGGACUUUUGAGAAGGAUGUUUUGGCUGAGGUUUUGACUGAGGUUGUGGGGAAGGAGGAGACUGAGAAGAUCUUAGCGAUGGUCCCAAAAGAAGGCAAGGAAUUACUGGCCAAGAACAGCGAUCUAGCCUUCAAGGAUGGAGCGUUUGGGCUUCCGUGGUUCAUGGCUACAAAUUCAAAUGGCGAGACGGAAGCCUUUUGGGGUGUGGAUCAUCUCGGGCAGGUUGCCCAGCAUUUAGGGAUUGAGAAACCGCAGAUGGGAGGUUGGAAGGCUUUGCUUUGAAUGGGAGUGGUGAGAUCGCGUAUGAGCUUGACUUUAGCUUUGAGAUUUUGGUGGGGGAGCGAUUGAGGAGGUGUGGUUAUGGGUAAGAAUAGAGCGAGGUUGCUGCGAUUGAGAAGAGUGACGUUUGUAUAUACUAAAGGUCUUGGCUUUGCUCCCCUGUGUGGUGCGUCUUGAAUGCUUUCAAGUCGAAAGCAGCUUUCCAGGGCCUGUUUUAUUCUGCGGCUUAUUUCAUUCUUUAGAUAUGAAACAACAAGACACAAUGUUGAAUAGAAGAACUGGUCAAGUCCC